AUGCGUUCCCCCCACCCCGCACCCUGCAUCCCCCACUCGACCCCAAGGGCCCGGGGUGCGGUGCCAGGAGCCCGUGGCAAAGAACGCGCGCUGCACCGGGUCAACCAGAAUCAGCCAAGCGGUAUCAGAGGAGAGACCACGCGAACUCCGGCCGAGGAAACGAACUCUGGUCGCGGAAAGCGGAGCAAGGAGACUAGCGAGGCGGAGACCCGGCCCCACGCCCCGUGCCUCCUGCAGCGGACACCCCAGAUCGGAGUCCCGAGCGCCCCGAGCCUACGGAGCGGAGCGCCCCGCCAGCAGCCCGCAACGCGCCCCUGCGGGGAACCGCGGCCCCGGGAAGAUUGCGCGCUUCAGAGGCGUCUUGGAAACCGGCUCCUGGUCCCGAUUCCUGGGAGUCCCCAGCGCUCUGCGGGGGACAGUGGGACCCUGCCCGGAGCUGGAGAAACCUGUUCCGCAGGAGGCAGCGGCCGGCACCCCACCUCCCGCCCCGAGAGCGAGAGCGAGCGUCUCCAGACCCCCGAGGGCACUGGUGCGGCCGCCCGGCCGGGUAAUCGCCCCAGCUCGCCCCAGCUCGCCUUCGCCGUGCAGUGCGGCCCCGAGCGCAUGGAGAACCACACCGAGCACCCCCAGCGCGCCAACGCGUCGGGCCUGGGCACCAUGCCGCGGUCCCCGCUGGCUGUACAAGCGGUGACCUUGACCCUCGUGCCCUUCGUCUGCGCCAUGGGCGUGGCGGGCAACGCCAUGGUGGUGCUGGUGGUGCUCCGGAGCCGCCACAUGGUCACACCCACCAACUGUUACCUGGUGAGCCUGGCCGCCGCGGACCUGCUGGUGCUCCUGGCGGCCGGAGUCCCCACCGUGGCCGAGGCGGCGUCCGCCCGGGUUUGGGUCUUCGGCCACGCGGGCUGCCUGGGCAUCACCUACCUGCAGUACGUGGGCAUCAACGCGUCCACGGGCUCCAUCACCGCGUUCACGGUGGAGCGCUACCUCGCCAUCUGCCACCCGCUGCGCGCCCAAACUCUGUGCACCGUGGCGCGGGCCAAGCGCAUCGCGGCAUCCGUGUGGCUGGGCACCGGCGCCUACUGCGUGCUCUGGCUCUUCCUGGUGGACACACGCGAGACCGCGUACGCCGACGGCGUGCAGGUGCAGUGCGGCUACCGCGUGUCGCGCUCCCUCUACCUGCCCAUCUAUUUCCUGGACUUCGCGCUCUUCUAUGCGCUGCCCCUGGGCCUGGCCACCGUGUUCUACGUGCUCAUAGCGCGCGUCCUCUUUGUGGGGCCGCUGUCUCCUGAGGACCCAGGGCACUCCGGCUCUGCGCCCCAGGGCCACCUUGCUGGCCACCAGCGCUUCUCCUCCAGAGGCAAGAGAGGUGCCCUCAGCUCCCGGAAGCAGGUCACCAAGAUGCUGGCUGUGGUGGUGCUGGUUUUUGCUCUGCUCUGGCUGCCCUACCGCACCCUAGUGGUGGUGAAUUCCUUUCUGAGCCCGCCUUACCUCAACCUUGGCUUCCUUCUCUUCUGCCGCCUUUGCGUCUACCUGAACAGCGCGGUCAACCCGGUCAUCUACGCCCUGAUGUCCCAGCGCUUCCGGGAGGCCUUCCACGGACUAUUUCAGUGUCGGCGGGCCCCACCCCAGCUCCCGCCUCAGGAGGCCGCCUCUGUGUACUACAGUGUCAUCAAAGACUCCUCCCAGAUCAGAUUGAGCUCCUAGAAGCAACCAGGGAGCAUGAUGUCCAGAC